GUCAAAAUUUCAAAAGCACGUUUGAUUUAAAACACGUUCCUUAUUUAUUCUUUUGAAAUAAAUUGUUUUGAUAUAAGAUGGAAGAAGAAAUUACGACUGAAACUGAAUCUUCAGUCAAUUUUGUUCCAGUGAUUUGUUUUGUUAAACGUGGCAUUGCAAAGGAGCGACCAGAAAAGAUUGUUCUAACUCAGGAAGAGCUAGCCAGAGUUAUUAAGGAAACAAAAUCUCAGAUUGCUGGUGCUGAUGAAAGCGAUGCGUCAGGCGAUGAGGACGAAGAUUCUGCUUCAGAUGCUGAUAUGGAUACGGCCGAACCAACCGAAGGCCCCGCUCCAACUUCUGACGAAUUCAACUUCGAUGCCUACGACAACGAAGGUGAUGUCCGAGUCGCUAAUAUUGCAAACAUAGCUGAGGUUGAUCCUGAUCAUGAUCUUGAAGACGAAGAAGACUCAGAAGCUGAAGAUGAAAUCAUCAAGCCAACCGAUAAUCUUCUGCUGGUAGGCCAUGUUGCUGAUGAUGCAGCAUCGUUAGAAGUGUGGAUUUUCAAUGAGGAAGAAGAAUCGUUGUAUACCCAUCACGAGUUCAUACUGCCCAGCUUUCCACUGUGUAUAGAAUGGCUGAAUCAUGACCCGGGAAGUGAAACAGCUGGUAAUCUUUGUGCUGUCGGAUUUAUGGAUCCUAUUAUCACUAUUUGGGAUCUAGACAUCCAAGAUCUCAUUGAACCCACUUUUAAAUUGGGAUCCAAAGGAAACAGAAAAAAGAACAAAGCUGCUUAUGGUCACAAAGAUGCUGUGUUAGAUUUGUCGUGGAACAAGCAAUUCCCUCACAUUCUAGCAAGUGGUUCGGUAGAUCAAUCUGUUAUCCUUUGGGACCUUGACGAAGGUAAGCCACACACAACUAUUACUAGUUUCAAGGAAAAGGUUCAGUCUAUUGAGUUUCAUUCCGUGGACGCGCAGAGUCUGCUAACCGGCUGCGCUGAUGGACGAGUUCGUCUGUACGAUUGUCGCAAUUCCGAAUCGCCUGAUGAAGGUUUAGUGAAAUGGAAAAUUCAUGGAGAGAUCGAAAAGGUCGUUUGGAAUCCAAUUGACUUGGAUAAUUUCAUUGUCGGCACGAGUGAUGGUCAGUUACACUAUGCCGAUAGAAGAAAACCUAAAGAAUUCAUUUGGUCCACGAAAGGACACAAUGAAGAAAUAUCUGGACUGUGUUUUAACCCUGAGAAGAAAGGUCUUUUAACGAGUACAUCCACAGAUGGUAUCUUGAAGGUGUGGAAAUUUGACGAAAGUUCAAUAAGUCAAGUUUAUGAACAUGAUUUUGAUAUGGGAAUUUUACAUUGCAUGCGGCAAUGUCCGGAAGAUCCAUACACUUUGGCUUUCGGAGGAGCUAAGGUACCAAGAUGCAGAGUGUUUAAUAUUAAGAAUUUCGAGGCAGUUCGACGAGCUUUUGAUAUUCCCUCUAUAUUGGAGUGAUUUUUUGUUUGUUUUCUCUAAUUUUUCCUUAUAUUUCGAACGUAAUAAAGUGCAUUUUAUAAAUUA